GAGCGUGCAUUGUGAGCUCGUUGCUUAUCAGGUGACGGUCGGUGGUCGGGUUUGUACGAUCAGAGAACACGCCAGUAAAAAAAGUUCGUUGUGCGAUCUUUCCUUUGCUCGACAAAUAAUACGUAUACGUAUUGUGCCCCCUACCGAAGGAAGGACUGUGAUAUAUCAAAAAAGGAAUAACUAUUUAUAAAUCAACCAAUCAUGAAUGCAAAGUUCAAUCUGUGCCGCUGGACACUGCUGGUGAUCAGCGUAUUCUGUCUGCUGAAGGAGUCCUCGGGCAGCUUUUGCUCCAUGGAGAAGAUGAAGACGGUCGCGAUGGAGGCCUGCGAGCAUCUAUUUCAGCAGGACGAAGCUGCACGGCGGGACAAGCGGUCUAUAGAGUACAGCCAUCACCAUCUGAAUCGCCUGGGAUACGGCAAACUGCACGACAAGCAUCAUUACAUCACCCGGAGUAACUAUCCCAUGGGUGGCUAUCUGAAAGUGAAUCGUGACCAUUACCGCCGUCUCAGCGAGCUGGAUGUGGUGCCACGCUACAAGCCCAAGAAGAUCCAUCACGAGAAGAAGGAGCGCUUCAAGCGGGAUCAUGCCAGCAGCUCGUACAACAACAUCUCCUACUGCUGCUUAAACAGCUGCAACGAGGAGUUCUUCUGCUAGUUCUUCUGCUAGUUCUUCUUCUCCAUGGCCUCACUCCGUCCAUUGCCUAGAUUAGAUUAUACACCCACCCGACUACAAGACGCGCUAACUCUUAUAGAGUUCGGUACCUUAUACUUCCCCACCGUUGGAAGGGACCAAAAUUCUUGCCACAGUAUUUGUACAUUUAAAUAGAUUUAUAUUUAAUUUUUAAGACCAAAAUAUAGAAUGACAUUAAAAAAAAGGA